AUGGAAGCUCAGAGUGAAAUUGAGGUUACAAAGCAGAACAAGAUGCUUCCUCCACAACCGGGUACAUUUGAAGAUCGUGAAGACCUCAUCAAAUAUGUUCGUGAUUUUGGUGCUAGUCAAGGAUAUGUGGUGACCAUCAAGAAGUCGAGGAAAGACAGAAGAGUCAUACUUGGUUGUGAUAGAGGAGGUGUUUAUCGCAAUAGGCGUAAAAUUGAUGAAAGCAAGCGCAAAAGGAAAGCAAGUUCACGCCUUAUAAAUUGUCCUUUUGAAGCCAUUGGGAAAAAGGAAGAUGAUUUAUGGGUACUUACAAUAAAAAAUGGGGAUCACAACCAUGAUGCGUUAAAGGACAUGUCAGAACAUCCGUAUAGUCGUCGUUUCACUGAGGAAGAGGUCAGACAAAUCAAGCAAAUGACUGAAGCUGGUGUGAAACCACGUCAAGUUCUUAAGACUCUCAAGCAAAUCAAUCCUGAACUGCAGUCAACACCAAGGCAUUUGUAUAACCUCAAAGCCAAGAUCCGUCAAGGAAAUCUAUCAGAAAAAAGUUUCAAGUCAUGGAGACCUGACAGAUCUGCUCUGGUGAGUACAAGUGCUACUACCAGUGGGGGGUCAUCAGAACAAAACAACCAACCGCUGAAGGUUCCUAAUUUUAUUGGAGGGAAAUUUGUUGAUUCUCAAGGGUGUUCAAUCAUUGAUGUAGUAAAUCCUGCAACACAAGAGGUUGUUUCUCAUGUUCCUUUAACUACCUAUGAAGAGUUCAAAGCUGCAGUUAGUUCAGCCAAGCAGGCUUUUCCGUCAUGGAAAAACACUCCUAUUACCACUCGUCAACGUAUCAUGUUUAAGCUCCAGGAGCUCAUUCGGAGAGAUAUCGACAAGCUUGCCAUGAAUAUCACCAUAGAACAGGGUAAGACGUUGAAGGGUGCCGAGAAUGAUGUGCUCCGUGGCUUAGAGGUGGUUGAACAUGCUUGUGGGAUGGCAACUCUACAAAUGGGGGAGUUUGUUCCUAAUGCAUCUAAUGGUAUUGAUACAUACUGCAUUAGGGAACCACUAGGUGUUUGUGCCGGGAUAUGCCCUUUCAACUUUCCAGCAAUGAUUCCCUUGUGGAUGUUCCCAAUUGCAGUUACAUGUGGCAAUACAUUUGUUCUUAAGCCAUGUGAAAAUAAUCCAGUGUUAGUUGGAAAGCCAUACAUUAAAAUAAGGGUGGUAAUGCUAAGGUGUGGGGUUGGUGAGGUUCUAGGGGCUUCAAUGAUACUUGCAGCACUUGCAAGGGAGGCUGGUUUACCCAAUGGUGUCUUAAAUAUUGUUCAUGGCACCCAUGACGUUAUUAAUUAUGUAUGUGAUGAUGAUGACAUAAAAGCUGUAUCACUUGUUGGCUCAAAUACGGCUUGGAUGCACAUAUAUGCGAGGGCAGUUGCUAGGGGAAAACGUGUUCAGUCUAAUAUAGGAGGAAAAAAUCAUGCAAUCAUCAUGCCUGAUGCUAGCAUGGAUGCUACCUUGAAUGCUCUGGUUACCGCUGGCUUUGGUGGUGCAGGACAAAGGUGUAUGACUCUCAAUACAGCUGUUUUUGUUGGAGGUUCAAGGCCAUGGGAAAGCGAAAUUUUGGAGCAUGUCAGAGCCCUUAAAGUGAAUGUAGGAACAGAUCCCAGUGCAGACCUUGGCCCAGUUAUUACAAAAGAGGAGCUAGCUUUUGGCCUGAAGUGGGUCUUUCUAGUUCCAAGAGAUUUCUAUUCUGAUGUAGUACAGCCCGUAGGGAUGUUUGGGAUGGGGGCUAAUAAGAGAGUUGUAAGCUUUGCUCUAUGGAGUACUAGAUUAGUUCAGAGCAGCGUUGAAAGUGGUGCUAGACUUCUGCUUGAUGGGAGAAAUGUUAGGGUUCCAGGAUAUGAGAAUGGAAAUUUUAUAGGUCCUACAAUCUUAUGUGAUGUUACAACCAACAUGGAUUGCUUUAAGGAAGAAAUUUUUGGACCAGUUCUUCUUUGCAUGCAGGCUGCCAGCCUAGAAGAGGCCAUAUCAAUUAUAAACAGAAACAGGUAUGGUAAUGGAGCUUCCAUAUUCACAACAUCCGGCAUUGCUGCAAGGAAGUUCCAGAAUGAAGUUGAGGCAGGGCUGGUUGGAAUCAAUGUCCCUGUUCCAAUUCCAUUGCCAUUUUCUUCAUUUGAUGGAUCUAAGGCAUCUUUUGGUAGCGAUCUCAAUUUUUGUGGUAAGGCAGGUGUGCAAUUUUACACCCAGAUCAAGACGGUUGCGCAGCAGUGGAAGGAUUUACCUAGCUUAGAAGUGUCGCUACCUCUGCCUCCAUCAUCUGAGACAGAUCUGACCGGUAGAGGCGUGUCUUCAGCUUUGCCUUCAACAUCUGAGAGAGAUUCACCUAGCCAAAGAGUGUCACCAGACAUGCACCCAGAAUCUGAGAGUGAUUCACCAAGUCAUGGAGCUCCACUGUCCAUCACUCCCACGUCUGAGGCAGAUCUACCGAACCCAGGAGUCUUAUCCGUGUCUCCAACUGCUUAUAGGAAUUUAUCUAGUCAAGGAGUGCCCCUUGUCAGGCCAGCAACAUCUGAGAGAGAUCUAUCCAGUGCAGAGAUCUCACUAGCUACGCAUCCAGAACCAGAAAGAGAUAUACCAAGUCAAGGUGUGUCAAUGAGACCGACCCAGAGUUCAGAGAGGAUGUAUAUGCCUCAAACAUCUCGUUGGAUGGAAGCGUCAAGACUAACACCUAGAAGGACUGAGAAUAUGCCUCAAACUUCUCAUUGGAUGGAAACCUCAAUACCAGCAUCUCAAAGGACUCAAAAUAUUCCAAGUUCUGAAAGGAAUCAUGUGCCUGCAUCUCAGAGGAAUGGCAACAAGGCACUGACAUCUCAAAGGACUGAUACUUCUAUGGCAUUGACUUCUGGGAGGGUAUAUGUGCCUGCCUCUCAUGAAAACAUGGUUCCGAUUUCACACAGAAAUGACGGGAUAAGUGCAACAUCUCAAAGAAUGGAUACAACACUACAUCCAGCUUCGGAGAGGGUAUACAUGCUGGCAGGAUCUCACCUGAAUGACAGUAUGGGCCAAACAUUUCAAAGGAAUGACACCACCAUGUUUUCAACAUCUGAGAGGCUAUACAUGCCUGAAACAUCUCAUCGGCAUGACCACAUGGGUUCAACAUCUCAGAGAACUGAUAUUACUCUACAUCCAACUUCGGAGAGGAUAUACAUGUCCACAGCAUCUCAAAGGAAUGACGACUUGGCUGUGGCCUCUCAACGUGCCGAUGCUGUUCCUUCCACCUCGGAAAGAUUAUAUAUGUCUCCAUUGGUUCAGAGAAAUCCUGGUAUGUCACCAACAUCUGAGAGAUUAUAUAUUCCGGGUGCACCUCAGAGGAUGUUCCCUCAAAACUCGAUGGUUUCGAUGGAUGAAUUUCCCAGUCAAGGAGCAUCACUGACUUUACCGACCUCUCAGAGGAUAUAG